AUGAAGUCCUCGAGGUACCAUAUACCGGCAAAGGAGAUCGAAGAACGCUCAGAGAGGGACAAUCAAUUGAUAUCUGCUUUACUGAGCUUUAUCACCCUAGAACGAGAAUAUCUACAUUCAAGAUGCAUGUCGAAAAUCCAAGUCAUCUACAAAGGCACUCUCAUUUCACGUGCAGGAGCGAUCAUCGGCAUCGUCCAGCAGAUGGGUGGUCAGACAAGGGAAGCAAGGGAAGGUGAUAUCGUUACUGUAGAUGAGGACAGGCUCAAACAAAGGUAUAGACUCGUUUCGGAUGCUUCUACUGACCAAGAGAGAAACGGACAGAGUGAUCAAUAUCAUGUUCCGAUCACUUUGGUGGGAUUGGUAGAGCUCAUCAAAGAAUGUCGUAAGAAGGAGCUGGAAGAGAGGACGAUGGAUUUACUUACUUUUUGA